GUCUCGCAUGCGCUUCGUCAACGGUCGAGACGACUACAACAACCAUGGCCACACCAGCCAGAACCAUGCAUCCUACGACGACGACUACGACCCGCUCAAGACACCGAAACAGCACCCACUCGACGACAACCAGUACAACUACUACGACGGUCACGGGUACUUCGAAGGAGGCGCGAUUCGGCCCGGCGGCCCGCCCAACUACACGAGUCCAGAGGUGUUGGCCCUGUUAUCGCAGUACGUGGCCGUGGGAUUGCUCUACGGCGCGCUGCCCAACUUGGCGUAUCCUCUGUUCACAGCGUACUUUCACCUCACGGGUGCCGAAUACAACUCGGCGACGGCGUUGGUCUCGUUUGGGUGGACGUUGAAAGUGUUUGUCGGCAUGUUGUCCGACUGUGUGCCGAUCUGUGGCUACCGCCGAAAGUCGUGGAUGAUAGUCGGGUGGACGUUGUGUUGUGCGUGCAUGGUGGUGCUCGGGAUCAAGGACCACGGGCCGUCCUACACGACAUUGCUCGCCACAAAUAACUCUGCCUUGGCUAGCUCCAGCUUGGGCGACCACGGCGCGUACGUGGCGAUCCUGUUUGCCGCCGCGACCGUUAGCUUUAUCAUCGCCGACGUGCCCGCCGACGCGCUGGUGGUCGAAGUCGCCCAGCGCGAACCCUUCGCGUCCAGAGGUCGCAUGCAGUCGCUCAUCUACACCACACGCACCGUGUCCUCGAUCGUGUCUCAGAUUGUGAUUGGCGUGUGCCUCAACUCACCGAGCUACGGCGGGACGUUUUCAUGGGAUAUGGGGAUGCACGCGCUGUUUCUCAUGCUAGCGGUCGUAUGUGUCUUGAUGGUGCCCAUCUCGUGUGUGUUUGUCCAAGACAGUCGGCAAACCGGCGUGUCGUUUGCGGGGUAUCUGCGGCAGUUCUGGGACCUCGUCCAGCGGCGUGCCACGUGGCAAGUGAUGCUGUUCAACUUUUUCUUCAACUUGUUUGCGUCAGGUAUUUCGUCUACGGCGGCACCAUAUGUCAAGUACCACUGGGCCAAGGUCGAAAACCUCGGCACCCAGCUCACGACGAUCGCAAGCAACUUGAUCUUUGCGGUCGUGCUGGCGGCGAUGGGCAAAUGGGGCCUCGAUUGGAACUGGCGCUGGGUCAUUGUCCUCACGACGCUCAGCAUGAACGCGAUUGACGCCACCGUCCAGUACAUGACCAUCUAUGACGUCGUGCGCAACCAGUGGUUCUACCUGGGCGUGCCCGUGGCGGAGCAACUCCCGUAUGCGAUGCAGUUCAUUGUCACGACGUUUGUCAUUGUCGAGCUCGCCGAAGUCGGCAACGAAGGCAUCACGUACGGACUACUCACGACUGUAAGCAACCUCCCGCUCGUAUUUGGCCCGGUGGUGGCCAAUGUCAUUUUUGGCCAAUUCAAAGUCGAUAACCUGUACAUCGAGGCGGACUCGGCCGACGCGCGCACCCAGGUCGCGUAUACGUACCUGAUUUACUACUCCACGACCAUAUUUGCGUGCGUCUGGGUUGUCUUGAUGCCGUCGCAAAAAGCUCAUGUCCAUGAACUCAAAGUCACAGGCGGCAAGUCCCCCGUCAUCGGCGGCCUCGUGUUGUUUGGAUGUACCGCCGCCAUGCUGUGGUCGGUCGUCGUGGGUAUCCUGGGUGUGUUCCAGUCGACCAAUUGCCUUGUGAUUGCCGGUGGAUCGGGGUGUUGAACCGCCGAGCAUUAUUAUAAUAAACGCAUUUCUAGUACUAUUAAUAGUAUGGUAGAAGUAUUAACAGUAAGUCAAUCAUUUUUAUCCU